UUGCAAAAGUAGAAAUCAUAUUUAGGUAUGUUCUUGGUUGCUCCUAUUGUUUCCCUGAACUCGAGAACUUUGCUUGUUAGUCUCAGUUAGUAUGGUCUUCAUUUGGCUGUGUUUCCUUAUUCAUGGUUAGUUGAAUUAAACUCCUGUCCUUGCCAUAAGGAAUGUCUGCAAUCAAGCAUCUGACAGAUGAAAACUAGAGACCUUGGGCUUUUUUUUUGUGUGUGGUUUUUCAAGGUUAAAAAGAAAUUGAAUAUAUUUUCUGCAUAAUUCUGUUUUUCUGAAAUGGAUAGAGAUAUUCUAACUAGUCCCUCUCUAUCAGUAGUCACAUGGCUUUCACUUUGCAUCAGACUAUCAUAGAAACUUCUUGAAGGCAAAUAAGACUGAGAUGAUUCCAGUGAUUGUGUAGCCACUAGAAUUGCUAUCUUUUGUUUUACUUUGAAGGACUGAACAUAAUACAUCUUGAUUACCCCCUUCAGCUUAGAAAUCUGCCAUCUUCUUUGAAAGUUGCCAUUUGAAUAACAAACAUGAAAAUAAUGUUGAAUAGUGGCAUCUAAAAAGAGGCUUUGUUUUCUUUCCAAGAUAUGUGACAUUAUGGAGGAAAUGAGGGACCUAGGAUAUUUGGAUUUCUUCCCAAGUGGUCUGAUGACUUGCUCUUUUCCUUUUCUUGGGCCUCAGUUUCCCCAUCUUUAAAAUGAAAGUGAACCAGUUUCUUACAAGGUUAACUGAGGUUCUGCUGUUCAUAAUUUGAACUUAGCUUUUGAAUUCUGUUAGUUAUGCAGUAUGCAAAUAUUGCACGUGUUGGUUGAAUGUAGUUUUUUUUCUACAUUACAAAGCUAGUAUUAGCAAGUAGAAAAUGUUGCUGAUUUCUUACCCUUUUCUCUGCUUUCCACUGAUAAAUUACGUGAAUCCCUUUAGUCUGUUAGAUGAUUUCUCUUGACUAUAGUUGUUUAAACAAUCUUGGGAGCUUGAGUUUAGAUUUAAGGUUUGUCUUUUGCAUUUGCAUGGUGACUAAGGUGCAUGUUCAUGUUCUCUGCCUUUUCCUCCCAGUAGAACUUAAAAAGGGCUCUCAAAAAACUUGUGGGGCUGAAGAUAUUGAAGAAAUAUGACUCAAUAUCUAAAGAUAAGACUUACUUGCCUUAAACUGUGUUAAAGAUUUGUUCUCAGGCUUAUGGGUACAUCAAGGAUUAUUACUGAGACCCACUACUGCAUUCAGUCCCUGGGGUUAGGAAGAUCCCCUGAAGAAGGAAAUGGCAAUUCAUUCCAAUAUUUUUGCCUGGAGCAUUUCAUGGACAGAGGAACCUGGUGGGCUACAAUCCAUGGGGUGGCUAAGAGUCAGACACGACUGAGUGACUAACUUUCGCACCCUUUAAAAUCAAGAAUGCUGCUUCAGUCCUGAUAUUAGUAGGUUGACCAGUAGCUCCCCAUUUUAUAUUUUCCUCCAAAGGUUGUUGUAGUAAAGCAGAGGUUUACUACACUUUAUUAAUCUCUUGUCUGAAUGGGAAUAAGCAUGGGAAAGCUGGUUGAUAUGUUUGUGUUGCAGUGACGUGUGUGAUAGCAGGGGCAGAAAAUUUAUUAGGCAGACAAAUUAUAACGUUUUCUCCUCUAAAUCAUUGAUCACUUUCCCAUUAGGCCCUACAUUGUAAGGUGACUUAGUGUUCUCUCUCUUGGUUGGGAAAUCCCUCUAGUGAUAGUGGUAGCAAUAUUUGCCGUUCAAUUAUAUGGCUGCCAGUGACAGGUUCCACUCCCACCCCGAAGAAAAGUCUCCUUUUUUAUAGAAUACUGCUGUAAAAUGUGCCUAGCCUUUAAGUUAUUUCCAAGGCUAACCUAGAUAUUGAGGGAGAUUAUAGGAUGAAACACUGCAAAGUUAAAAAGCAUUUGUCCCUGGUAACUGGUCUCUCUUUGAUCAUCCCACCUUCUCAGUGGAACUUGCCCUGAUGUUGUAUUCUGAUAUCUGAAUGGAUAGCUAAAUGUUUGACAUCAUGUGUCAUUAGCAUAUGGCUCAGAUUUGCCAGCCUCUGCAGAUCUGUGGCAGUGUUUGAGCAAGUAUCCACACACCUGGUGUGAUGCGCUCUGCCAUGUGUUACUGGUAUGGUUCACAAAUCAAGGAGGCAUAGCAUAAUGAUUGCUUAAUGUCUUAGGAGUUUUACAGGAAUGAAGCAAGAAGCUUAAAGAUUUACACUCUUGACUAGGGAUGGGGGGUGAAAUUUCUAACCUUUACUUUCCAAAAGGAUUUUGCAGACCUAGUUCCCUCUCUCCACGUUAUUUCAAACUAGUGUGUUUAGCCACAGCAUGAAAAUUAGGGGCCAGAGUUAAAGUGAACCCUGCAAAUAACUCAGAGCUUCACAUUUUAAUUUUCUCAGAAGAAUUUGCCUUGUCAUUGUUUAUUAUAAUGACAAAAAGCAGGGGAUCCCACUCCUACCCCUCCCAACACAUGCAUAACACGCAGUCUUUGUAUUUUUCUUUUUCUUCUGCCAAAGGUUCUAACUCUAAACUUUUAAUUCAAAUUACAAAAGAAUAUGAUAUAAAAUAGCUCUUGAAAGAAACGAGAGAAGAACCCCUACAUACUGACUGGAACUCUUCUAAAUGAAAACCAGGUCCUUCUAGAAUACUGCCUUUUAAGUUAAGGAUCUCAGCUUUAAAAAAGACUGGAGGAGUAUUUCCUACUAAAUAUUUCCAUAAUAGUUUUCAGAGAGACAUGGUAGGCAGUAUUGUUAACUAAAGAAAAUAAGUCUAUCAGUUCCACUUAGAUAACCUUUGGUAAUAAACGAACUCCGUACACGUUGUGACCUUAGCGCCUGAACUUUCUAAUCACAUGACUGGCUUGUAAACUGACCUGUGAGGAUGACUGUUGUAGUUCGGGCUAAGAGAGAGAAAUUGGCCAAGUGUCGGAAGAGUGGUCAUCAGGCUGGACUUGUCUUGUAAUCUUCUUUUCUUCAUGGCUGCAAUAGAACUUCCCAACAGACUCCGAGAAGCAUGAAAUGGAGACAUGGGAAGUUUCUGUUCCAGAUGAUCGUGCUGAACAACGAACCUGUCUCAUUUGUGGGGACCGCGCCACAGGCUUACACUAUGGAAUCAUCUCCUGUGAGGGCUGCAAAGGGUUUUUCAAGCGGAGCAUUUGCAACAAGCGGGUAUAUCGGUGCAGUCGUGACAAGAACUGUGUCAUGUCUCGGAAGCAGAGGAACAGGUGCCAGUACUGCCGCCUGCUCAAAUGCCUCCAGAUGGGGAUGAACCGGAAGGCAAUCAGAGAAGAUGGCAUGCCUGGAGGCCGGAAUAAGAGCAUUGGGCCAGUCCAGAUAUCAGAGGAAGAGAUCGAAAGGAUUAUGUCUGGGCAAGAAUUUGAGGAAGAGGCCAAUCAUUGGAGCAACCAUGGUGACAGCGACCACAGUUCCCCUGGGAACAGGGCUUCAGAGAGCAACCAGCCCUCACCCGGCUCUACACUCUCCUCCAGCAGGUCUGUGGAAUUAAAUGGAUUCGUGGCAUUCAGGGAUCAGUACAUGGGGAUGUCUGUGCCUCCACACUAUCAAUAUAUACCGCACCUUUUUAGCUAUUCUGCCCACUCGCCACUUCUGCCCCCACAAGCUCGAAGCCUGGAUCCCCAGUCAUACAGUCUGAUUCAUCAGCUGGUGUCAGCCGAGGACCUGGAGCCACUGGGCACGCCCAUGUUGAUCGAAGAUGGAUACGCUGUGACUCAGGCAGAGCUGUUUGCCCUGCUUUGCCGCCUGGCUGACGAGCUGCUUUUUAGGCAGAUUGCCUGGAUCAAGAAACUGCCUUUCUUCUGCGAGCUCUCAAUCAAGGAUUACACGUGCCUCCUGAGCUCUACGUGGCAGGAGUUAAUCCUGCUCUCCUCCCUCACUGUUUACAGCAAGCAGAUCUUCGGGGAGCUGGCUGAUGUCACUGCCAAGUACUCACCCUCAGAUGAAGAACUACACAGAUUUAGUGAUGAAGGGAUGGAGGUGAUUGAGCGGCUCAUCUACCUGUAUCACAAGUUCCAUCAGCUAAAAGUGAGCAAUGAGGAGUAUGCUUGCAUGAAAGCAAUUAACUUCCUAAAUCAAGAUAUCAGGGGUCUGACCAGUGCCUCGCAGCUGGAACAGUUGAACAAACGAUAUUGGUACAUUUGCCAGGAUUUCACUGAAUAUAAAUAUACACAUCAGCCGAACCGUUUUCCUGACCUCAUGAUGUGCUUACCUGAGAUUCGCUAUAUUGCAGGAAAGAUGGUGAAUGUUCCCCUGGAGCAGCUGCCUCUCCUCUUUAAGGUGGUGCUGCAUUCCUGCAAGACAAGUGUGGGCAAGGAGUGACCUGUCCCCAGCACCCCUCCUCAGGCCAACCCUAACGCCUGGGGUGGGCAGGACAGGCUCCAGAAGAAAGCCAGAGAGACCAAGAUGGAGGCUGUGGAGCAGCGUUGCCAGUUGUCUCCACAGCAAGAAGAGUUUUUGUUUGUUUGUCUUGUUUUUUAACCUCAUUUUUCUAUAUAUUUAUUUCACGACAGAGUUGAAUGUAUGGCCUUCAACAUGAUGCACAUGCUUUUGUGUGAAUGCAGCCAAUGCAUUUCCUUGCAGUUUACAGAAUGUGAAGAUGUUUAAUGUUACAGUGUUGUCAUUGUUUAGAGAUAGUUCUUUUGUAUUUUGAGGGAGAGGGUGGGAUGGGGCUGAGAUGACUAUUUCCAUAAUGUUGACAAAGAUGACUACCUCAGUGGAAAGGGAAGGGUGUGAACAACCCUACUUUUUCCACACGUUCUCAGCAGACUCAUAUUUGUCUGUCAGAGAGCAAAUUGCCUUUUUCUAGCUACAGAAUUACCAGGUAAAAGAGCACACCAUAAAAGGGGAAGUGGUGUUAGGAGGUUUACUAAGCAGAGUGGGUGAGACAUUGGGAACAGAUCAAGAGAUGAGGAUUUAACCAUCUCUUUUUCUUUGGAAAGCAUGAAAGUUGAGAGUUGGGCACAGUGACCAAAUCUAAGUUAGGUGUCCACCCUCCAAGCAAGUCCUCAGGGAGAAGGGUUUCUGUUCUCACACCACACUCUGGGGCCUCCCCUCCCCACCAUCCAUACCAGCAGUACUAGCUUCUGCCGCUGUCACCUUUUCACCUAGGCAAGACCUGGUGAUAAGCUGACCCUUGGGACUAGCCUACAAGCUAUCUUGGGACUCACAGCUACCUAGUUCCUUACUCUCCUUAUACUCAUUGCCUCUCCCUUAUAAACGUGACUUCCUAUUGACCCUUUGAAAAAACAGCUGAACAAAAUGUCAUGUUCUAAAUCCUGAUGCCCACUACUGAUUUAUUGUCUUUUCACCUUCAGAGGUUAGUGGGACAAAAGCCAGACUGCUAACAGAAUGAACACUCCUCCUUUGGAGGUCCCGUUUAUCUCCCCACCCAUCCCAUCCCACCUCCAGAUCUGAAUCAGGAACUGCAAUCUCUUUUUCAAACAGCUGGAAGGACCAUUCACCCAUCUGCUGACCAGAAUUUUUGCCCCUACAUUCUACUCCAGGCUCUCCUAAUCGCUCCCAAAAUAAGAUCAGGUUUCCUCAAAAUAAUAAACCCAAGACCCAGAGUGGCGCAGCUGCCCCUUUAGAGUAUCAGUGGCCUGGCUGACUAAGGUCUGGAGGGCUAGAGUCCAAAACUCCUGGAAGGGAAGGGGGUCUUUAAACUACCUCAUGUUCCUAAAGGCCUGGCUGCCCCCUCUGCAGGUAUGGCCUUGACCCCUUAUUCUUUCACUACCUGCCCCACCUAGUCCCGGGAAACGUUCCUUACCCUCUUGGCUUUGGCCAGCUGCCACACCAGGUCUGUCGUGGAAUUCUUUCAGGUGCUUUUUCCUUCUCCGCCUCACUGCAGCAGUUGUCCCUGCGUAAACCCAGGUCCCUCCCACAGCCAGUGCAGCAGACAGGCCAUUUAGCUGGGUACAUCCCCGGGUAGGCUUGGGGGCCCCCAGGACCUCUUUUUCGCCUAGUCAAAGGCCGUUUGCUCUCUUCCCAGCUCAGCCCAGCACACUUAUGCAGAGGGCCACCACACUGUGUGCAUAUCAGGUAGUCUGUGUCAGAUUGUAAUUUUUUCUUUCCAGUGAAUUGUUACGGGUACAGAGAGUGAAAACUGUCCUUUGAUGGAUCUAAAACUCAGAGCAUUACUUCUGAAUGUUGUUUCUCCAGUUGCUCUGAGAAAGGGAAAAAAAAAAAAGGAAAGGAGAGACAUGUUCCUCAGGAAAAGCUCCAACCAGAAUGUUUUUCACAUGUCAAUGGGAAGAUUUGUGUGUAUCUGUUUAUUUCACAGUAUUUUUGUUUCUCUGAUCUUUUAUUUAACUAAACUAGAUCACAGUCUUUGGCUAUAGGUCAGACUCCGAGCCACUUUCCUCAAGGUAGGGGAGGAUGCACACGUCAGAGACCCCUUCUCCAAGACAGCUCCUGUGUGCUUAUCUUUCUUUGCUAGACCUCCAUCGGUCAAAUUAUUAUUUUUUUGAAAUUGUUUUUCUUUUAAGUGUUUUACUGGUUGGGUCGGGUACUGAAAGGAAUUGCUCUCUGAGGCAGGAGCAUGUCUCUUUAAUACUGCAGCAUUAAACAGAGCAGAUUGUUAAUUUGUGGCGUGGGGAAAGGUUCUGCAAGUUGCCAUUGUACAAAUCCAUUUUUACAAAUGUUUGCAGCAGAUUCCACAGAACAAAGAGCCCAUUCAUUGCCGAGAGCCCUGCAGAAUCUCUGAGCCAAGUGGCCGUGUGUUCCGAGCCGGAGCCUGACCUGUGGACCGCCUUUAAUGUCUUCUGCACCCAGUCCUUUUAUGACGUGGGCUUUUUUUAAACAGGGUAAAGUGACUGUGUUGCGUCGCAAACUCAGGUAUUAUGAGAGGAAGGUAGGAGUGUAGCUAGCAGUGUGGAGACAUUAGGUCAGCCACUAGAUGUAUUUGUGAAUUCAGUUUGAAGGACACAGAGAAAGGUUGGAGGGGGAGGUUUGAUGUGUUGUUUUUUGCCUUUCUUCCCAUGAUGUUUGGUUAACAGGUAGCCUUUUUGCUAGUGGAAAAGAAAAAAGUUGUGCAUCUUGUCUGUAAUUCCCCUCACUUCUGUCCUCUCUCUGAUCCUCUGCCACCAACAGCACUCACUUUGAGUGAGAACCUUUCCACCAUAAAAAUAUGACCCUGAAAGCUGUGUGUUAAAGGAGAAUCCCAAUCAUUGCACUGCAUUGAAACUUACAAGCUUUUCUCUUCCUUUCCCUUUGCAUGUUUUCUUGACCCAAGACAAAACUUUGGAAUCUUGGAACUUCACCCACAACUCACACUCUCUGGCUCCUUUUUCGGCUUUUGGAGUCUUUCACAGGCUUGGUGGUUUUACCUUCAGCCUGGAGAGACUCCCCAGAACCUGUCUCAAAGCACUCCACCUGUCUCAGAGGAUACCCAAUCCCCCAGGCCCGUUGCAUAGUGAGGUGGGCAAACCUCCAGGGAUGGAAAGCAGAUCCAGAGGAGGAGGGGUAGAGGCAACUGAGGAGUCUCCAUGGCAUCAUGACAGUCACCCACUCCACAGCACCCAGCCUCACACCUGCCACCCGUUGUCAGAGAAGGGAGUCCUGCCAUAGCCAGUAUAUUACCAGGUCCUUAAAGCCCUGGGCUUUCUGAGCUAGCUGCCUUGCUCUGCUGCCCAUUUCUUACCCUAGUUUGUUUGUUCUCAGUUUACUGGGGAAUGGGACAGAUGGAGACAGACAAACCCAGUAUGGGCAACAUCCAGGCCAUGUCCAAGGUUGGCCAAAGUAAAAAGACUGGCCUCCCCACAGGGCAGGAGGUUGAGCAGUGGUUCCAAGUCUUUAGCUCUGGGCCCCUGGUCUAUGUUUUCUUCUCUAGUUGCUCUUUAAAAUUCUGCAAUUGUUUUGAGAAAUCCAAUUUUUUAGACCAACGCUUUUAUUAAACUUUAAAUUUUUCUUUAUUGAUUUUUUGAAGUUAAAAAAAAUAUUUAAAAAAAAAAGGCAAAAAAAAACUAAACAAAACCCCACCACUCUUACUUUCCCAACUUGAUCCAUGAGAGUCCCCCUGCACUCCCCUCUGCUUUUGCAUCUGAUCAUUCCUCCCUCUUCCCUCAGCUUGAUGCAUCUAUGUCCAGUGUCUGUGAAAUGAUGUUUUAUCUGUGUCUCAGGAUAAGAAACGGCAAUCAUUCCACCAGGUGCUGGAAACUGGUUAGCCUUGAGGCAAGGGUUUCUAGGGCCACAGCUCAGGGAUGUGUAUUUAAUUACAGGGUCCCCAGAAACCCAUCUCCUGGCUACCACAAGCAACAGCUUCUUUUCUGGGCUUAGGAGCCAGACCUGGACUGUUUCCUCAGAGGCAGGGGCACCACAGACCAUGCUGGGGCUGCUUCUUUGACCAGAGCUGGGUUCCCUUGAGACUUGGGAAGACUUCAGUCUGUCUUGUAAGAUGAACCACAGUGACCCUGCUUCUACCGGCUCACAUGAUGCCCAGUCCCUCUGCCUAAUCCAGUACUCAUCUGGCCUGUCUUCUCGGCCUGCAGCCCUCAGUGGGCUACAGCCUGCUCAGGAAUCAGUUGCAGGCUCAAAGGGAAGCCAUGAAUCAGGCCAGAGCUUGCUUCAAGCCCAAGAAAAAAUUUGUUUUACUGGUGGAGGCUAGUCUUCCAAAUCCUGGAGCCAGCUCUGCCAGCCAAAGGAUCAUUUUUGCCCUUUGGUGACCAUUGUUUUCUUUCUCUGAAAUGUCUUAGAUGAUAAUGUUGUUGACUCAAAUUUCCAUGAAAAAGAGAAAAAAAAAAAAAAAAACUACCUCUUGAGUGACAUCCUGGUCUAUUCCUCUCUGAGGAAUCUUGUGGGAAAAGAAUACUGUAGCUCCUGCUCUGUUUACAUGCUUCUGUGGAGAAAGAAACCCCGCCUGCCCUGGGGUGUUGGGUGUUUUUGUCUGUGUUGCCAUCCCAGGCCUGCGAUAGGGGCUUGUGGCUACAUUGUAAUGUCUGGGCCCAUGUCUGGGGAGUCCUUCCCACCUGCCCAGCCAGGGACCAGCCACCCCCUUGAAGAGGCCUCCUUUUCCUUCCUGUGAUGCAAGGCAGAGGGAGCACCACCUCCCAUGACACCACCUUCAGGAGCUCCGAGGGCACGUGCAUCCAUGAGCCGCCCUCUGGGCUCCCUACCCGAGGCCCACCUCUACCCACAGUCCUGUACAGGAGUCGAGUAAACAGGAUGUCUCUGAGCCCUUGUCCCCAAAGGGCCGGCCAAGGGCUGCCCGCCAGCCUGGCUCCAUCAGUCCUGCAUGACCAAGUGACGGUUGGCGGGCUCUGCUACCCAGGCCCUCUGCUACCUCCCACCCUGCCAUCUGGCAUGGAAUGGGCCCUUUUCUGUGAAUUGACUACCUGUGGAAAUGUGACCAAUUAGUGUGAAAUGCAUGUUUAGUGAAUGUUAGGUACUGUAUUUGAACCAAUAAAUGUGAAUCCUUCUGCACACGG